AUGGUAGAGAUUCUUGAUCAAAAAGCAAUGGCAAUUUUCCAUAUCAACCCAGAAAUUCUUAUGUUUAUGUGGCCUAGUACGGUGAAGAAUCAAACCCUUUUUCCUCGUCAAAAGUCUUUUGCGGUGGCAAACUCAAUGAAUGGAUUCAUAAGAACUUAUGAUUUCAGAGAUGGAAACUGUGAUGAACACGUUGGAGUGCUUGAACAGCAACCUUUCAUUGAUGGGUCUUCCAAGUUUCGGUCAAAGCUUUCAACUCUUAAUCGACUGAGCAAGUGGAUAGUAUCUGCCCUUUUUGGUGUUUUAAUAUUUUGGAGGCAUGAUGCAGAAGCCUUAUGGUUUGCAGCAGGGUCUAUGUUAAAUGGAAUGCUUUCUAUUUCGCUCAAAAUAAUAUUGAACAAGAAACGACCUUCUUCAAACCUGAAAUCUGACCCUGGCAUGCCCUCUUCUCAUGCACAAUCCAUCUUCUUCAUUGCCAUGUUCAUUAUUUUGUCAAGUGUUGAAUGGCUUGGGAUAAAUGAAAUUUCCAUUAGCAGUGGCGGACUGGUCUUGGCAUUUGGUUCUUAUAUUACAUACCUUCGGGUGUCACAGAAACUUCACACAGUGAGCCAAGUGGUUGUGGGAGCUUUUAUGGGGUCCAUUUGCUCUUUCUUGUGGUAUUGGAUUUGGAAUGCCUUUAUGCAACAUGCCUUCGUAUCCUCGUUAUGGGUUAGAAUCAUCGUUAUUUUGGGGUCUGCGAGAAUUUGCGUAGGUUUUCUUUCAAAUGUGAUUCUACAUUGGCUUAGAGAUAAAUUAAAUUUGAUCAACAUGUGUUGA